AUGAUCUCCGCCGCGUAUGCUCGCCUGUCCGCUCGAAACCACCCUGGCGACGACGAUGACUUGGAUGACCUGGAUCCUGAGGACAUUUUCGAUGAACAUGACUUCGAAGAAUUUGCGGACUUGCUGCGGACAGAAUUUUUUUACCGCAUGUUCUUUGGAGGCAUGCGGAUGGGGGGAAAGGGAGGAGGCGGCGGUCGUCGCGGCGGCGGCGGAUUCCAGGUUUUCUACAUGCCAGGCGGCGGCCUGGGCGUCUUCCCGGGGUUUUCCUUCGGCGGUGGAAUGGGAGGCGGCUCCUACUACCGUCCACGGAAGGGACCUGCUCGCGGAGCUCCGCGGCGAGGCGGUGGCGGAUAUCGAUCGCCAGGCGGCCGUGGCGGCUCGUUCUACACGUACGACAGUGAAUCCGAGGAUGAUGACGACGAUUACGACGACUCUGGCAGUUACAGUACGGUGGAAGACGAGGAGGAGGCUCGGGAGUACUGGGAGUCCCAGGAGCAAGGGUCCAGGGAGCGCAAGGCGUCGGCGAGGAAGGACGAGCGGAAGCGCCGGUCGCGGGAGGUGGGCGGCUGCAUGGGCCGGGGCCGGGGCGGGUAUACGGUGGAUCGGUGGCUGGAUCUUGGUUUGGAUCGGGGUUUGGAUCUGGAUCUGGCCGACGAGUUCUUCAGCAAGUCAGAUGACAUCCGCCGCAGUGCCUUCGCUGCAGCACCGGAUCCAGGCCUUUUGAAAUUCGCGGGCCAACAGCUGCCGCGACCCACCAAUCCUGGCGGCAUUCGCAGUGACUCGUCCAUUCGAUUGACGCUGGAUCCGAAGAAGAAGGCCACGAUGUGGCUCGAGAAGAAGCAGAUACGCUUCGAGCUGGACUACAAGCGCGUCGGGGAUGUGGCUUGGACCACUCUUAGCUCCGAAACCUCGGCUAACUUUGACGUGACGGGGCUGGCGCCAGGCACACGCUACGUGUUCCGGGGUCGUGCCGGCACCUGGGUUGCUGCUGCGGGGCCAGACGUCAAGGAGCUGCAGCUGCAGCCAUCUUCUGGAGCUGCCGCCGCCGCCGCGUCGUCAGGAAAGCAGAUGCCGUCAUCAUCAUCUGCUGCUGCUGCAGCGGCGGCGGCGGCGGCGGCAGGGCCCAGCACAGCUCCUGGCGCCAAGGCCACGGGGACAGCGGCGGGGCCACCCGAAAGUGCGGCACCUGGAGCCGGAGCAGCAACCGGGGCUGUGAAGUCCGCCGCCGCCGGCGGCCCGGUGGCGGUGGCAGCGGCAGUAGUACAGCCGUCCGCAGCGGAGGAAGCUGCCGCGCAGAAGGGCAAGAAGAAGAAGAAGGGCAAAGGAGGGAGGGGCGGGAAGGACGGUGGCGGCGAAGAUGCUGGCGGCAGCAGUGCUCAGAUGUCGGAGGAGCAGGAGAGGCGACGGCAAGCUGAGGCACGGCGUCUUGAGGAGGAGGAGCGACAGCGGGCGGCAGCGGAGGAGGCGAAGCGGCGUGCAGCCGCGGAGAAGGAUGCCGCAAUGCGGGCCGCAAUGGAAGCAGCGGCGGCAGAGUACGAACGCUCAGUACGCGAGACGGCGGCUGCGGCCGCCGCCACGAACACGGCUGGCGGCAAGGGCGCGAAGAAAGGCGGCUCGUCUGGGGCAGCAGGAGGAUCAUCUGGGAAGCAAACGCAGCAACAGCAGCAGCAACAGCCGACGGCAGCAGCAACUGCAAAUGGGGAGUCUAAUGGUGCCGGCGGUACGGCGGGCAACAAGGCUGCAAAGGAGUCCGCGUCAUCUGCAGCUAAUCCCCACGGACAGCGACCUCAGCCACAGCCACAGCCACAGCAACAAGCCCCGACUGGGAAAGGCAGCGGGGGUCGCAUGGGAGGAGGAGGAGGAGCAGGCGGUGCAGCUCAGGCGGCGGCGGCAGCGGGGACGGGAGGAGCGACGCCGGCUGGGGGCCCUGUGUCACGGAGCGACCCGCCGCCACAACAGCAACAACAGCAAAAGCCGCAACAAUACUUUGCGGCGUCAGCGUCUGGCGAGAGCUAUGAACCACGGUUCGGGCGGACGGGAGGGAUCCAGAUGGGGGGCCCCGGCGGCCGGGGGGGCCGGGGCCGGGGCAACGGUUAUGGUAGUAGCGGCAACGGCGGCGACAGGGGCGGCGACGUAUUUGGCAGCAGCGGACGUGGUUUCGGAGCGAGAGGUGGCGGCGGCGGCCGCGGCGGCAGGCGAGGAACGGCGGACUGGCAGUGGCAGGAGGAUUUGCAGCUCGAGAUGGCCAUCGCUGCAAGCCUCAGGACAGCCGAGCAGGAGGGCCUUACGGAUCUGAUAGACAAAGACGCUUUGGCGGCGAUCAAUGCGGCCAGCGUACCGCACGUCAGCGGUCCGUACGCCGCCAAGGCGGCUGCGGCUGCGGCUUCGCCGCCACCUGACUGGGCUGACUUUCCGACACUGCCAACGACGCCGGCGGCCAAACCCGCCGUGCCGGCACCGGCGCCCAUUACAGCGCCGACGGCGUUGUGGCAGCAAGCGCCGGCGGUUACACACCAACAGCAGCAGCAGCAGCCACAGUCGCCGGUGGCACUGGCGACAUCGAGCCUCCUUCCGCCUGGGAAGGCCUCGAAAUCGGCAUUUCCGGCGCCGGGCUCGGCAUCGUCUCAAAGUGGCACGGCGAAAAGGGCUGCACAAUCUUCAGUUGCCACGUCCGGUGUCGCAGGCCCUGCAGCUAGCAGUGCACCUGUGCAACCCCCUUUGCAGGACUCGGUGCCGCCACCGCCGCCGCCGCCGCCAGUUCCGGAGGCGGCCGCCUCGGUACGCGCACGGCCGGCAAAAAACACGGCAUCUGGGUCACUGUCGAUGUCAGCAGGCGCUCCGAAACGCUCUGCUCCGUACGCCGUACCUGUGUCGGCGCCAUCCGCUUCUGGGACCUCCCCUUUGGUGUCCUCAGGCGCUGCUGCUGCCAGUGGCAACACCUGCAGUACUGGCAGCGCUGCCGCCGCGACGGCGUCGCUGCCGUCUUACGGCGUCAACCCGGCCCUGUCCGCAGUGUCAGCACAGCAGCAACAGCAGCAGCAGCGAACAGCUGCUGCCGUACCUGCUGGUCCUUGCGCCAGCAGCGUCCCGAAGCCCCGAUUCCUGAACGUCGAUGCCGCUGAGCCGUUCUCCUCAGCAACUGCAACGAAGAAAGCGACGGCGGCGGACGGUCCGAUGGGCGACCGGACUUCGGCCGCUGCUGUGCCGUCAAUCAAUCCGUCCGCUGGGGCCGGAACUGCAGCCGCCAACGCCAACGCCGCAGCAGCAGCGACGGCGGCGAUGAAUCCACCUCUUGGUCAUCUUGGCGCCGGUUCCUCCGCGGCAGCAUUCACUGCUAUGCGCCCCGGCAGCACCUUCGGUGGUGCUGGGCUAUCCGGCGCCAUGGCGGCGGCGUCAGCUUCGACGUCACUGCCCCAAGCACCAACUGUGGCGUUCACGACCCAUGGGUCAUCCGCUCCAUCGGCCAAGCCUCAGACAUUUCAGCAGCAGCAGCACCACCACCACCACCACCCUCACCAGCAAACACAGAAGCAGCAGCAGGCAGGCACUGCCGCUGCCGCUGCCGCUGCUGCCGUCGGCACUGGCGUCAUGGGGCAUAGCGGCGUAAGCGCGGCUAGCUCGGGAGAUGUCUUCCCGACGGGCGGACCGUCGUGGAGUGCGCCGGGGGUGCAGGCGCCUGGGACGACGGCGACAGCUGCGCUGAGCAGCGGCGAGACACGAAAUUCAGCUGGUCUGUCAUACCCUUGGCUGCCGUUUGGAUCCAUACCUGCAUCAUCUCCUCCGCUAAAGGCGCAUUCAGCACAGCAGCAUCUGGCAUCUGGGAUGCCUGCGGGCGCUGGUCCCGCUCCGAGACCAGAAUCUACUAUAACCGGUACUGGUUUUGUAUCCAACGGUUCCGACGGUAGCACGGUAUCUUCGGCUGUCCAUAAGUCGUUGUCUGGCCAUGCGCUUGAAGCCGCACGAGUAGCCUGGGUGACCGCUUCUGCCACUACCGCCGCUGGCGGCCGUUCCGACAACGCAUCGGUAAAAGUCACUGCGUUGUACGGCAAUGCCGGCGGCGGAAGCGGCAUGGGAUAUACGGCCGACGCGGCAGUUGUGAACGAUAAUUCAAGCCUGGCCCCGGCGCGGUCGUGUACGGCGGGAGUGGCGGCCGGGAAAGGGAUGAGCAGCGGUGAUGGGGAUGAUGUCCGCGCUGGCGGCAACUUGCCCGCCAUCGCCAACGCCCCGAAUCCUACACCGAUGCCGGCCGCUGGCGGAAUGCCUGCAGCCGCCGGCUUGCCAGCUGCUAUCAGCUCCACCUUCCCGGCAUACAUGGCUUACGAGGGCGCUACUGCUGGGCCGCACAAUAUGGCUGCGUCCAUGCAGCCUUUGACAUCAAGCGGCGGCGGCGGUGGCGGCGGCGGCGGCUUAAGCUUCGAUCGGGGAUAUGGCUGGCCGGCAGCGAGCCCGGCCGGCGGCCAUGUUGAAGGGACCGGGUCCUGGUCCAGCCGUCGCUUGAUGUGUGUUCCGCGUGUCCACGCGUUAGUAAACCCAGAGGCGGACUCAAGAGGCGACUCAAGAUGCCGCAUGCAGGAUGUAGGCUUACUGAGUCUGGCUCUUCAUCUCUCCUAUCUGUUUCCACAACAGCUGGAGAUGCUGUCGUUGCAUAUGCAGGUAGGUGCAUGUCGUCUACUAUACGAAUUGGCAGUGCAAGUUGGUGCUGUCCCGGACGGUUGAAAUUCGGUUGAAGCUCGAUCCUGUAACGUGUUCUGGUU